AUGUCCACCGCCGCCAAACUAACCCUAGCCUCCACGACCCUCGCCACGGUUGGCAUUGUGUUGUUCGUGCAUCGCCAGCAGAAGCUCGAUCAAGCUGCUAUGCACGCCGGCGUCAUUCGCGACAUGGAGCAACAGAGGGUGAAAAAGGAGAGAAUGGUGGAUUUCGAAAUGCAGAGGCAGUUGGAAGAGCAGUAUCGGAAGUUGCAGACUGUUAGUGAUAGUACGGAUGGGCAGGUUAGGGCCAAGUGA